UGAGUAGGGAGGGGACAGGUGCGAAGUGUAGGCAGGGAAGAAAAGGAACAGACAGUCCGUGCUGGCAGCCCGAGUCCCCGCACAUUCCUCGUCUCAGAUCACAGUCACAGUCACAGCCAGCCGGCCGGGCGGAUCGCAGGGGACAUCCUGCUUGUAUUCUGUCAUCUGUACACCUGGGAGCACAGCUACCUACCGCCACAGCUACUUACCACCCGGAUUCUGCGAUCAGCUGCUGGACUUUACCAGUCCUUCCCAUGGGGUCAGCCCGAGGAUCUGUCACAAUGUACUGCUGCUUCCUGGCACUGCUCCUGCCAUUGGUUGCAGCAGAAAAAUCUUGUCAUCACAUAAAACUUCCUGUGCAUCAUAAUAUCCGUACAGGAUCCUUGGUUGGCACUGUUGAUCUGCAUAAAUGUUUGCACCCCAAUGAGGCAGUUGCUGGAACAACUAAUUCCAAUUUCACAAUUGAGCAUGUUAAUUUCGCUUUUGCUAUAUAUGCCACAAAACAUGUUAAGAUGCCUAUUCAUCCAGUUUCACUUGGAAUCAUACUGCAGAACCAAGAUUCAAAAAAGGAAAGGAUUAUUCCAGUGACACUUGUACCUGAAAAAAAUGCUGAGAAAGGAAGAUAUACCAGAGAAUUGCUGCUAAGACGUACAAAAAGGAGGUGGGGUCCUAUGCCCAUCGGACAUAAUGAGAACUACCGAGGGAUAUUUCCAUGUUUUCUUGAACGGGUCCAGUCUGACACUCAGGUGCUAUAUGAUAUUAUUUACACUAUUUCGGGACCAGGAGUGGAUCAGCCACCAAUAGGUUUGUUUCAGAUGAAUCCAAAAACUGGAGACUUGUACAUCAAUGGCCUAGUGGAUCGGGAAGAAUACCCUUCUUUUCCGCUAACAGUUUAUGCAACGACAGUAGAUGGAUAUUCACCGGAGUCUCCUCUGACACUACCAGUCAACAUAGAAGAUGACAAUGAUAAUGCCCCAGUGUUUACUGAAGCCGUGUUUUGUGCUGAAGUGUUGGAGCACAGUAAAGCUGGUACUAUUGUGGGAAGAGUAAAUGCCUCAGACAGAGAUGAGCCACAAACUCGACACACCCUGCUAAGAUACUAUCUUCUUAGACAAAUUCCUCCAUCACCACUCCUUUUUGCUGUGAAUGCAGAAUAUGGCAUAGUCACUACAUUAUCAAACAGCCUUGAUAGAGAGACAUUGGACCACUACACUCUUAUACUUGAAGUGCGUGAUAUGGGUGGCAGCAUAGGUUAUUUGUCUUCCACUGGCACCAUGUCUAUAACGGUCACUGAUAUGAAUGAUUUUGCACCAAUCUUCUCACAGCAAUCCUAUCAGACUGAAGUGAAUGAAAAUGAAUAUGGAAUGGUCAUACUGAGAAUUCCUGUAACAGACAAUGACUUGCGCAAUACUUCAAACUGGAAAGCUGUGUAUACAAUCACACAAGGAAACGAGAAGCGCUUUUUCAAUAUAACUACUGAUCCAAUGACAAAUGAAGGACUGCUUUCGGUUGUAAAGGGAAUAAACUAUGAAGAAGACAAAAGCUUUCUACUACAAGUUGCAGUCGCUAAUGAAGUAAGCCUAAUAACACCAUCUGGGACAAAAAGCAGCGGUAUUGUUACUGUUCCUGUCACAGUCACUGUUAAAGACGUCGAUGAAGGUCCUGAAUGUCAGCCAAAAAUUAAAGAAGUAUUUGUUCAAGAAAAUCAGACAGUUGGUACGCUAGUUACAGAAUAUACAGCAAUUGAUCCUGAAACUAAAACUUCUACUGGCAUACGGUACCAGAAGUUGUCAGAUCCACUAAGUUGGGUCAGUGUGGCUGAUAAUGGUCGAAUUACUACUGCCCAACUUAUGGACUAUGAAUCCAAAGAUGUUCCAAAUCACAAGUAUAACGUAACCUUUUUGGCAACUGAUACAUCUGGAAAGACUGGCACCUGCACUUUAGUGAUAAACCUUACGGAUCUUGAUGAACAUGGACCGCAGUUUUCUAGAAUCAGUGGCAGUAUUUGUACAAAUGGUAGAACAUCUGACCGUUUUGAAGUAGUUGACAAGGAUGGAAGUGUCGUCAAAUUUCCAUACAGAAUUCAACUCGAUAGCAGCGUAGACACAAGGGUGCAGAAUCAGUGGCGCAUUACCCAAGAAAAUGAUAACACUGUUAGAGUUGAAAAUGCUGGUAAUGAUGUUGGAACAUAUGUUGUGCCGGUAAAGAUAAUUGAUCAUUUGGGUCGUGCCACAAUCCAGAAUGUGGGGAUUUCAGUGUGUAACUGUCCUGAUGGUCAGAACUGCGUUUCACCACGUACUAGCUCAUCUACUGCGCUUGGAGGGCUAGCUAUUCUUAUAAUGGUUCUGUCAGCGCUAUUGCUUGCUUUACUUCUCUGUCUUUUGUUGGCAUGCCUGUGUGGAGCUGGAGCAGGCAAGGGCAAUCUGGGUUAUGUUGAUGAUGCAGCACAGCAGAAUUUGAUUGUUGCAAACACGGAAGCGCCCGGAGCAGAUGUCAUGGAUCCGAAUUUUAAAGUCCCUAUUACGAUUAUAAACAGCAACAAAAGCGGAAAUGCUCAGCCUGGUUCGUAUGAUCAGAAUAGUCAAGAAAUGACUCAAAUCAGGAACCAACAGCUUAAUACUUCAAAAAUUACAGACCACCACCUAGGUAUGCGUACCCUACAUUCUAUGGGAGGAGGACAUCAAAGAUUUGACCCCAGCAGACAGACCUAUUCAGAGUGGCAAAGUUUCAUGAACACUCACCUUGGAGAUAAAUUAUAUGUGUGUGGACAAAAUGAAGAAACGCAGCAUGGUGAGGAUUAUGUUGUCCCAUACAAUUAUGAAGGAAGAGGAUCAGCAGCUGGUUCUGUAGGCUGUUGCAGUGAACUUCGAGGGGAUGACGAUAGGAUGGACUUUUUAAAUCAUCUUGAACCAAAAUUCAGGACAUUAGCAGAAGUUUGUGCAAAAAAAUGAGUCGUUUAUCAACAGACUGUCUUUAUCAUGUGCUCAGUCUUUUAGUAUCUUAUUUUAAACAGAGUGUCGCUCUGUCACGUGUAAAAUAAAUUACUGCCUACAGAAAAGGAAGCAUCAACUGAAAUCCCCCAUAAGUGUUUUUUCAUUGUUUUGACAUUAGUUUACAGUACUUGAAGGGUACCUCUAAUCAUCAUUGUCAUGUUAAUUCCCAACUAGUUCAUAAUCUAUACUGCGGCUUAUCAAAAAUUACAUUUUGAAACCCAAAAUGUCAUUUUUUUUUUUUUUUUUUUGCAAAUCUCUGUCAGUUUCCAAAUAUUUAUUCAAAACCCAAAAAGCUUUGCUACCCAAGAAAAUGGUAAUGCCCAACAUGGAGACCCAAAAAAAUGGAUUUUGGGACCACUUUAAGAUUGAUGCCCACAUUGGUUUUAGGACCAUUAUUUUGUAAAUGCGAAGAUGAUUUUGAAUUGUGAAACCCCUUUUGUGUUGUGUGUGUGUGUAUAUAAUUUUAUUGUGAUCAUGGCACAGGAUCAAAUUUAAUUAACAACCUUUAAAAGUAGGCAUUCAAAUUCCCAUAUGAAGUUACUAUGAACAUGACAGUCAAAAAGAAUGGAACUUUAUGUUUUUUUUAGCACUUUUUUCAACUGACCCCUUUUAAACCAUUGCUCUAUCACUAUUUAUAUGCAGUAAAGAACAAAAGUGCAAAAUCCAAUUGUUGUAAAGUGUUCUCUAUUACUACAUGGUAUAAAUGUGCUAUAUACAGUAAAAUGUACCAUAGUGUUUUUGUUUUUCAAAGGUUGUCUUAGAAACUUUAGGUUAUAUGUGUUGUGUGUUUUUUUUUUUUUUUUGCUACAUUGUUUAGAAUACAUGGUAAAAUACAAAUUUUUGUGGUUCUUUAUGCCUUUUUUGUUAGUAGUCCAUGUUGUUAGGUUGAGAUAUCUGCACCUUGUUUUUUGUGUAUAUACUUUUUUUUAUGUUUUCCCCCUCAAUAAAUAAUGCUUACAACAUACAGCUGCAACACAAGCAAAAUAAUGACUACAAGCAAAAUAAUGACACCUAAAAAUUAUUAAUGCACAAAUGUUUUUUGUUACGCAAGGCUAAGCUACACUGUGACAGUUUGGUUAUGUUUUUAAUCUAGUUCCUAGACAGCAUUCACAUGUCCAAACCUAACUCUUGGAAAGUGCAGGGGGUGGGGGGAUUACAUGGCCUGAAUUUGCCAAUAAAAUUUAAGAUUGUUAUAAACCCAAAUAUUUUUUCUUAAUGCAUGCCUUGCCGCCCAUUUUACUUACCCGAGCCCUCUUUUAAUUCAGCGCUGUGCCCAUCUGCAGCUCUUCUCUGCCCUCACUUCCUGGUCUUGCUGGCUUUGCUGAGACACUGGAGCCUGGGCUCCCGCUGCUGUCAAUCAAAGCCAGUGAUGAGAGGGAAGGGGGCGGCUUAGGGUUCUGCUGUUCGUGACUAUAAACAGCAGGGCUCGGGAGUGAGCCCAAGGGAGCACUCACCAAAGAGGAGGUCCGGGGCUGCUUUCUGCAAUUUCAUUGCAGAAGAGCAGGCAAGUUUAAACCUGUUUGUUAUAAGAAAGAAAAGGAAAAAAAAAUAAACGCAUUUGCAAUCUUAACAGUGUAGACAAAUGCCAACAUACACUAGAUUUUUUGAUAAGUUGGUACUAGCCUAUACAGUAACUAACCUAUUUUGUCAAUGACAAGAAUAGAGUAACUAACUUAUACAAUUUUUAAGAGCUAAUUCAUUCCAUUCCCAAUGACCUACCGAUAUGUAAUUAUGUGUGGGUUUUUUUUUUUUUUUUUUU